CAGGAGCGGGGAGGGGAUGAGAGAGGAGGUGACUCCGGCAGUUCGUCUCCACCGGAGGAUCAUGGCGGAUGGUCAUGGCCCCAGGUGUAAGCGCAGGAAGCAGGCCAACCCGCGGAGGAACCACGUCAUCAGCUACAACAAUGCGGCGGAGGCGGCCACAGACUCUGACGAUGAGGACAAGCUGCACAUCGUGGAGGAGGAAGGCAGCCUGGCGGACUGCGACAGCACCCUGCCAGACCAGGACCACCCCAGGGGGCUCUGGGACCCAGUGAAAGAAGAGUGCGUGUCGGACGGCGAGGACGACGCCAGCACAGACGCCUUGGUGGAGGAGAUGCUCCAGCAGGGCGACACGGCCGUCAUUUACCCAGAAGCCCCGGAGGACGAGCUGCAGGGUCACGGCACUCCCGACGCCAGCACUCCCGAUGAGAACGGGACCCCGGACUCCUUCUCGCAGCUGCUCACCUGCCCGUACUGCGCGCGCGGCUACAAGCGCUUCAGCUCGCUGAAGGAGCACAUCAAGUAUCGUCACGAGAAGACGGAGGAGUGCUUCAGCUGCCCCGAGUGCAGCUACACCUUUGCACACCGCGCUCAGCUGGAGAGACACAUGGCGGCCCACAAGUCAGGGCGGGACCAGAGACUCGUCACGCAGUCGGGAGGCAACCGCAAAUUCAAGUGCACCGAGUGCGGCAAGGCCUUUAAAUACAAGCACCACCUGAAGGAGCACCUGCGCAUUCACAGUGGAGAGAAACCCUACGAGUGCUCCAACUGCAAGAAGCGCUUCUCCCACUCGGGCUCGUACAGCUCGCACAUCAGCAGCAAGAAAUGCAUCAGUCUCAUCUCGGUUAACAGCCGGCAACGUCUGAGCGGCAGCAAGAACCAGGCCCAGGCCCAGGGCCCGGCCGCCAUCCUUCCCACUUCGCCGGCCGCCCUCCGCGCCCAAAUUCGCGAGAAGCUGGAGCACAGCAAGCCCCUCCAGGAGCAGCUGCCCCUCAACCAGAUCAAGAGCGAGCCGCUGGACUACGAAUACAAACCGACCCUGGUCGGCAUGAAUGCCGGGAUGUACAACGGUGGGGCUGCGACUGCUCUGCAGGGCACGGUGCAGGCCGUGGUCCUCCCCACCGUGGGGCUGAUGUCGCCCAUCAGCAUCAACAUAGCCGACCUGCAGAACGCCCUCAAAGUGGCCGUGGACGGCAACGUGAUUCGCCAGGUCCUGGAAAGCAGCGGCAAAGGCCAGGGUCAUGCCAACUUGGGGUUAACCACUGGAACCAUCCACCCGUCCCAGCAGCAGCUCAUCUCAGCCAUCAGCUUGCCCAUUGUGGGUCAGGACGGAAAUGCAAAAAUCAUCAUCAACUACAACCUGGACCCCAACCAGGGACAGAUCAUGGCGCAGAACAUUAAGAAGGAGUCAGAGCCAUUCUCAACCGCUCAGCCAACCACUGAGUCGUUGAAGUUUCAGAAACUCCCUGAGGAUCUGACCAUCAGGGGCGCCAGGGUGACUGAGAUGAAAGAAGAGGAUCAAACCACUAAGACUUGUCUCCUGUGUGAGAACUGUCCCGCCGGGCUGGACGCCCUGCAUGCCCUCAAACACUGCAAGAAAGUCGCUCUCAGGCUGAACGGAGAGGCUGCCGUUACCGCGCUACUGUCACAGGGGGGAUUUUGCAACCAGCCCAAGAACAUCCUGUCCCUGCUGAAGGCCUACUUUGCCUUAAACAGAGAGCCCACCAAGGACGAGAUGGACAAAAUCUCAGACUCUGUCAACCUCCCAAUCCAUGUGGUCAAAAGGUGGUUUGACAAAAUGCAGCAGGGUCAAAUAUCACUCGGUGCUCCGACGCCUCCUUCAGAGGAAGACGAUGCCUAUGAUUCCGGCAGUGUGGUAUCUCUGGUCCAGGGGAAAGUUGUGGCCUCCAUCAGUCCUUCUGAGCCUCACGACAGUCCGACAGAAGCAACCCCGGCUGAGCUAAACGGCGCCCACAGCUCUCCAGUCUCUCCCUCACCACUAACCCUGAGAGACGACGGUCUUCUUAAAGACCAGGCCCCUCAGAGCACUGAUGCACCCCUAGACCUGUCGCUGCCAAAGCCCGACAAAGAGGAAACGGAGACUGUUCAAACCUGCAAUCACCUCUCACUUUCCUCUGUACGCACCAUUCAGGAGGAACCUCUGAACUUAACUUGCACAAAGAAAGACGCCUCGCCACUCUCACCCUUGGGCUCCGGCCCCGUCGCACUGUACACCAGCCCGCCAAGUGCCAACCCCCUCAAUAUUGUAACCACUCAACUUCCCACGCUGGUGGCUAUUGCUGAUCAGAGCCGUAUGCAAUGUCUAAGGGCCCUGACCACCACCAACAAACAGACUAUCCUCAUCCCUCAGCUGGCUUACACCUAUACCACUACCGCUACCAGUCCUGCUGGGACCCUGACAGAAAAGACCAUCCACCUCAACGGGAUCAAGGAGGAGAAGCAGGACACGAGCUCGGAGGGCAUGGAGGACUCGGACUCGGGGCCUCUGAGGAAGAAGAUGAAGAAGACGGAGAGCGGCAUGUACGCCUGUGACCUGUGUGACAAGAUCUUCCAGAAGAGCAGCUCGCUGCUCAGACACAAAUACGAGCACACAGGCAAGCGUCCGCACGAGUGCAGCAUCUGCAGCAAGGCGUUCAAACACAAACACCACCUGAUCGAACACAUGCGCCUCCACUCGGGGGAGAAACCCUACCAGUGCGACAAGUGCGGCAAGCGCUUCUCCCACUCGGGCUCGUACUCGCAGCACAUGAACCACCGCUACUCCUACUGCAAGAGGGAGUCCCCGGGCCAGGAGGAGGACACCCUGGGCGGGGCCCGGGACCCCGGCCUGGUCCCCUUCCAGGUGGACUCGGACGAGCGGGGGAGCAGCGCCAGGGAGGACGAGGAGAGCGAGGAGGAGGAGGAGGAGGAGGAGGAAGGUGCGGUCGACAUGAACGACAUCCAGGUGGUGCAGGUGGAGGAGGAGGAGGAGGGAAGUAAGAGGGCCGGUGAAGAGGAAGGGGACUGA